AUGUCCUUCCUGAAUCUCGAUCUCUUGGGAACAGCCAAGCAAGAAAAGCACCAUGUGUGUGUCAACCCACUCUACAACGAAAAGCGCAAUGCAUACCUGGACGGGCUUUACGACACCUGGGAGCUUGUGUCGAAUGUGGAAAAUCCAUACCUAGGUCCAGCAUCUCUUGCUAGGUUUGGCAUCAAGUGUCACAAUCUCCUUCAAGAAUCGUCCUUUGUUGAAGUGCCAUAUGCCACUAAAUUCUUUCGCAGAAUGCCUCACGGGAAACUACAGGAAUACCUAAUUGACAUGGAUGAUGAAGAAACCGUGUGCUGCAUUAGCGAUGAGAAGGAUCUGUGGGGUCUAAAUACACAGGUUCUCCGCGAACUGGAUUCCGUCAUGCUAGCCGCAACGAUAUGCACGGCACUGGGACUCGCCUUCAAUGCAUAUGAAAGAAAGACAAGUGAUGGUCAGCAAGUUACACUUAGGCAAAUAAGUGGAUGGAAGAAAGCUGAUUUUGGACUUGGAAUCUUCCAUGAUGUUUUUUACGACGACAUCUUCCAUUCUAAGCAUUGGUAUCCCGAGGAUGCUUGGCAAUCAGGCAAGCCAAAGGACCAACCUCAUGUCAUGUUCACUCUUGCACAUGAGUAUGAGGUGAAAGAUAACAGCCUUCUACGCGGAGAGGUCAUGGCACUAUCUAUCAUGGGCGGGCGGAAAGGCAGGGUGCUUCAGGCCUAUUUCGCUGACGAAGGGCUGGUCAUUUUCAAGAGUAGACUCUUUUUAUUUGCAGGAGAAGAAGACGGCAAAACCUCAUCGGAGUUCUUUCUCCAGUACAUGGGUAGCGAGAUCUUUGGGGAUACUGCAGUUACGGAGACACCGUCAAUUCUUUGA